ACACAGGAGAAGAAGAUAAUAAACCGAAAAGAAGAAAAGUCUCGCUCCAUUCGUGUUGAUAUUUGUAGCAGAGCUGCUACUGUUAGCUGUGAGCUUGUGCCUGUGUUUGGCGCAAGCCGACAUGUGCACCCAGACGAAAGCGGCGGCUCUGAUGGCGAACGUAGCCCAAGCUGACAUCGACCCAUCCGGAGUGUUUAAGUACGUGCUCAUCCGAGUCCACAGCAGAGAGGAAGGAGACGACUCCGAGGUGGAUAUAGUUCGAGGCUACGGCUGGGCUGAGUACCACGCUGACAUCUAUGAGAAGGUGUCAGAGGAGCUGGAGAAGGGUGGCGUCUUGGACUGUGAGUGUAUCGGCGGUGGACGGAUUAGACAUGACGCUCAGAACAAGAAGAUACAUGUGUAUGGAUACUCUAUGGGCUUUGGAAGAGCAAAUCACGCCAUCACUACAGAGAAGUUGAAGGUUCGAUACCCAGACUACGAGGUCACUUGGGAUAAUGAAGGCUACUGAGCCCCAGUGUUUCAGGACGGCACUCCCAUGGACUAGUAACGCACUUCCACCCUAACCCCAGUGGAUUAUUAGUGUUCAAAGAUGCUCUUAUAAUGGAUUGACUUUUAGAGCAAUAAAAACCAAGACUUCCAAGAGUUCCAUUUAAAUCUUGUGAAACAUGUGUUAACAUAUUUUUAAGUGAAAUAAAUGUGUCAAAUCAAAUGCAUCCCACACAUU